CAGCACAUAAGAUCCCCGGUUCAGUCAGUUGGCAGACACGAAGGUGGGAUGACUUGGAUCGGAGUGCUCAUCGUUGGCCUCACAGCCAUUGCUGUCCAGGGGGAAGUACCGAUAGUGACGAGGGCCGAGUGGAAUGCCAAGCCACCGAACGGAGCCAUGGACAGCAUGGCAACUCCCUUGCCCCGCGCUGUGAUUGCCCAUACAGCUGGUGGGGAUUGUGCGGAUGACGUCACAUGCGCCCAGCAUUUGCGAAAUCUGCAAAACUUCCAAAUGACCAGGCAAAAGUUCUCGGACAUAGCCUACCACUAUCUGAUCGGCGGCAAUGGCAAGGUGUACGAAGGCAGAAGUCCAAGCCAGAAAGGUGCCUUUGCUGCUCCCCAUAACGAUGGUUCCCUGGGCAUCGCCUUCAUUGGUAACUUUAAUAAGCAAGCUCCCAACCAAGCGGCCUUGAAUGCCGCCAAGGAGCUGCUGCAGCUGGCUGUCCAGCAGGCUCAGCUCGUGGAGAGCUACAAGCUACUGGGCCAUCGCCAGGUCAGUGCUACCCUGAGUCCUGGAGACGCACUGUACACUCUGAUACAGCAGUGGCCCCACUGGUCCCAGGAGAUGUGAAAUUUAGAGAGAGAGAGGUCAUUGCAUAAGGUUUCGACACGUAAAGACCACUCCUUACACAUUUAUUUGUAAAUAUAAUUAUGUAUAAUUUGUUUUUUUUUUUUGCUUAAAUACGAAUACUAAAAUUUUAAUUUUGUUGAUCUGUUUCCGAUGUACUUCUUCGACUUUGCACAUUUUUGUCAGCUGCCGCUUUGUUUGUUUUCUUAAUUUUUUUUUGUUUGCCAGACCCGUUUAAUAAGCAGGGUGCUCCCCAGGAGCAGCAGUGCACUGGGCCACAAUAGAGAUUUGAGACAUCACAUAGCAUCGUUCACCGAACCGGAACUUCCGCAAGAAACUAAGCUAACUAUACAGAACCCUAGGAUGAAGCACGGAACGCAGAUGAAACGAACGUGAACGUGAACGUAAUCGUAAUGGUAUGCAGAUAGAUAAUGGGCCAAACGAGAGAGAGAGAGGUAAACAAAAGUCGGCAACGUGAACGUGGCAAACAGAGAUGCUGUUACAGAUUACAGAUUAUAGAUUUAGAAAAUAUAAAACAAGGAACUAUACAAAAUUCGUAAAGUACUUAGGUAAAUUGCACUAAUAUAAACUCCCAUUUGA